AUGUCUUCCAUCCGCCGCAUGACCGCACAGGAUCUCUUCUCGCUCAAUCUCACCAACCUCGACCCCCUCACCGAAAACUACGACCUCAAUUUCUACCUCACCUACCUCAUGAAAUGGCCCUCGCUCUUCAACGUCGUCGAAGACCGCGAUGGCAAGAUCGUAGGCUACAUAAUGGGUAAACUCGAAGCUCAGCACCCGUCCAUGCGCCAUUCCGAACACUACACGCCCUGGCACGGCCACAUCACCGUCCUCACCGUCGCCCCCGCUUCGCGCCGACAGGGCCAUGCGCGCCGGCUCACGGAGGCGCUAGAGCGUGCGUCGGAUAUCAAUGACGCGUGGUUCGUUGAUUUGUACGUGCGUGCUGGGAAUAAAGUCGCUGUUGGGAUGUAUAGGGGCAUGGGGUAUUCGGUGUUUAGGCGCGUUGUGAAUUACUACAGCGAUGAUCCGACGGGGCAGUCUGGCGGGGAGGAUGCGUUUGAUAUGAGGAAGCCGUUGAGUCGGGAUAAGGAUUUGAUACAUCAGAGGCAGAAUGGGGAGGAGUUUCUGGUUAGUCCGGAGGAUGUAUAUUAG